GAACGAUCGAUUGUUAUCCUUGACAACCAGCUCGACAUCAGUUCAUCCUCCAGCAAGAAGCAGGUAGCCAGCUUCGAUCCCAUCGAAACGAGCUCUCCGAACGCGUUCCCCGAUCGCUUUCACAGCCCCUUAGGCCCGGCUCUGACGAAAGGGAGAAUCAUCACUCAACCAUCCAUCCAUCAUCUACUCUUUCACACCGAUUCGGACGUGUUCGACCUAUCGAUCGCCUAUCAACAGCUUCAACCAUUAUUAGCAACAUCCUCAGAACAAGAGCAUCAAUCUAGCCAACAUUACCACACCUUGAGAUAGUUGGAAAGUCUCGAUCGAUGAGACGUUAAAUACGGAAGAGGGACGUCAUCCGAUCGACGCGCAGCACAGAAGCUACCAACCUCGCCUCAUCACGUACCUUCUCCCCUUUUCACGUCCCCUUCAGCAAUACAGCUAUCCACUCUCAAAGUACGGAUCAGUCAUCUGGAAUCUAGGAAAGCUGGAUGAGGAUGCCAAACGGGAAGAAACAACCCGGGGCCGCAGGGCUGCCGGCUCCGGUUCUCAGGGCUUCUCCUAGACGGAACGCGAUCAGGUCCGCACCCAACGCUAGCACCAGCAUCACGAACCUCAACACGAACAAGAAUGCCGGGGUAGCUACCGAUCUUGUAAAAAAGCUCGACGACCGGCUCAGUUCGCAGAAGCAACAGCCUACGACCGGGGCUGGGAUUAGCAUUACCGACAUUCAACCUCAAGCAACUACCUCGACUUCGACGUCCGCUUCGAUAUCUACUUCUACCUCUACGUCGGGAGGUGGAUCAAGAUCAGUCCUCCUCCCAUCCCACAACCCCAACUCCAACUCGCUUAGCAUCAACAACCAGCUAGGGCAGGGAGAGCAUCAACGAGAUGCAGGUGGGAAUGGGAAUGGCGAUGGGGAACAAAGGAGGGGAGAGGAUAUGCCUUUACAGGUGCAAGAAAGCGGGAGCUUCUCCAGCACGGUCAUCCCGCCUACACCGAUCAAGAGCCGGCCGAUCAAGGGGAAAGGGAAGAGGUCGGGCGGGAUGGGGACGCAGAAAGAAGGAUCGGGAGCGAAUAGGGAGGAACAGAUGGAGGCUUCGAGCGGGAAGCAGGCCGGGCUCGAUCUGGACACGGACUCCAAUUCGAAAUUGAACCCCACUUCGACGAGCUCGAGUAAUUCGGCAUCAAAGACAAAUCAGGACCAAUCAGGAACGAUGGCAAGGAGCUUCUCCAGGUCCAUCUCGGCUUCCCACUUACCUCCUCCGGGAAGUCAUCACCACCACCAUACUCAACCAAGGAUGGGAGACAUAGAUCCCAACCUGCGUGUACCCAAGGUCGUACGAAGAGGUUCUUCAGGCCAAUCAUCGUUGGAAGGAUCUGCUGCAGGCUCUAGGUCCGGGUCUGGGCAGGUAUCCCUAUCUAGAGCCGGCAGUGCGAGUGGGAGCACGAGCGGAGGAACAACAAGGUCGAGGUCGGUCUCUGAAGAAGGAUCUUCCCUUGGUCACGCCUACGUGGCUCCUCCUCAACCGCAACAUAUGAACCCGGGUUCGAGCUCGAUGCACUCGAAUUCGAAUUCGAAUGCCGCGAUACAGGGACAAAUCAUGGGGCAAACUUAUUCGGUCCCGAUGCACGCUUCCCAUACAGCCGGUCACGUCCAUGGACAAGCGCAUGGUCAAGAGCUGGUAAUGCAGCCUCUUCAGCCGCAGCCGGUAAGAGCACCGAAGGGGUAUAUGGUCUAUCCGUCAACAGAACAGCAGCCGCAACAUUACCAGCAGCAAGUGCCUUCUGGAUCGAGACCACAGUACUGGAUGGACCCUGCGACGGGAAAGUACUACGAGGAUCCUGGGGUGCAAGAGUACGGCUACGUGGUCGGACCUCCGGUGGUCUAUUCGGCGGGAUACCCUCAUCCUCAAUCUAUUCCCCACCCUCAAGCUGUGCAGUAUUAUCAGCCCGGCUACCCUGUCCAGCAACAUUAUGCCCAGGUAGAUUCUCGCGGGUUCGUCAUCCCAGACAGGUCGCUCUCCGUCUCCCGGACGAGCUCUCGAAGCGCCGGGCCUGGUUCUGGGCGGUAUCGUCGGUCCGAAGGAGGUGAAGGUGGUGAAGGAGUGGAAGAUGAUACCGCUAGCGUUCACUCCCAUUCGAGUAAUAGCGCUGCUUUUACGGCGAGGAUCUUGGCGGGGAUGGGCACCACCGGAGGGAGCGGGAGCGGGAGUGGAAGUGGAGCCAAGCGAGGGGAGAUGGGAGAUACGUUGAAGGUUCCUGGAGCUUCAGACGGGAAGAAGGGGAAGAACAAGGAGAAGAAGGUGAAAGAAGUGGGGACCUCCACGAAGAAAGGGAAGAAACCCGUCUCAGCAAACACAUCUUCGAUCCGGGAUGACGACCAGGACAAGGAGUCAGACGGGGGGACGGCGGUGCCUCCCGCUUGGAGACCUGAUCUGAGGCCCGGGGACACCGUGACGGAUCCCAAGUACCCAGAGGCGCAUGGUUGUCCUUACUGUGACAAGGUGUACAGGGGGCAACACGCGAGGAGUAUUUGUAGGAGGCAUCAGAUGAGCAAGCAUGGAAUCGAGCUCGAGGUACAGGUCAAGAAGAGUCGGUGGGAUAACAAUCCGAACCGCCCGGCUAAUGAGGAGGAAAAACACAGGCGGACCUUGGAGAGCAAGAGACGCUGGGCCGCUAAGGAUAGACGCCGAAGACGUGCCGAGAAGCUCGGUUUACCUAUGCCAGAAUCGUCCGACGAAGAGGACUAUGACAUGCGGUCCGAGAGCGGGAGUAUCGCGCAAAGUGUGACGGACACUGCGACCUCGAAGGCUACUCCGAGUCGCUCAGGGUCGCCUCACGCCAACACGCUACCCGUCAAAGGUGGCCGCGCCAAGAGGAGGAGCGGAUCGGGCCUGCGAGACGUGUCUAUCCCGCCUCAGCCCACUCGACGCAUCACCUCCCAAGAAGCGGUGCGAUUGGCAGCCAUGGAACGUGUUCGUUUGAGGAAGGCUCAGCCUGACUGGCAGGAUGAUGGUUCGAGCGAAGAGGACGAGGGCGAAGGAGAAGACGAAGCGCCCAUACAGGAGACCGACAUCGUCGUAGAUCCCUCCCCUCAGGUACCUCGAGGCCAUGCGCAGAACCAGCGGGUCGGAGCGCGACAACCCAAGUCCACGCCAACCAAGACGUCACAACGGCAGGACAUCGCAAUUGAUCCUCGCAUUCACCCAGCCUUCUUGCCGGCGGAAGAGCAACGUGUGCUACAUGGGCACCACCAACCAUACGAGUCCGAUGUGAAGCAGCUUCAACCACAGGCGGAUACUGUCACUGAAUCGGCCGUACCGCCAUCGUCCCAUAAGACGCCUAUAGGCCAGCUGCGCCAACCGCUUAUACAGCACUCGAAGGAGGCUAUCAAAUCGUCUGCAACCCGAUCAGGGCAAAGUCGACGUGCUGCACCUCCCCCUGCUUUGCUUCGAUCGAACGAGGCCGAUGUGUUUGGAUCGGGUCAGUCGUCUAUGGGCUCGCUAGACCUGCUAGCCGAUACGCUCGAUCGAGCCCAGCCGAUGACGCCGACGACCGGCAAGACUAUGGUACCAGGUCCACUGCAGCCGCCGAUCUUCAAGACCCCAGCUCCCGUCAGCAAAUCCAGGUCGUCGAACAUAGUUAGUAAGAAGCCCAACACGGAUCGUAACGGUACGGACAACAAUGAGGCUGCCGAGAUCUUGCUUGCAAUCUCGGCCUCUCCAGCACCGAAUCUUCGCAAGACGCCUGUCGACGACGAUAUUGGCACCAUGGAUCAAGGAACUGGGACUGCAAUGGGCGGCAACUCGAUGGACCCUCGGACCGGUGACAGGAUGAUGAUCGGCCGACGGCAGUUGGUUCUCGAAAACGAUGGCGAUAUCGAGAUGGACGACCUCGAGGCAGACUCGCGAGCAGCCGCGAUGAACGAGACACCUAGCCGGCCUUCGGGCCCUCGCAGGAAACCGGCAAACAAUGCCACUCCCCUCCGCAAGCUUCCGAUGCGAUCGACCCGAACAGGCGAGAGGCCGCCUUCAGAUGACGAAUUUGCGGUACCCGAAUUACAAUCCACGUCCAAUGACCCCUCGAGUUCCGUCUCUAAGCGUCACGAGGAUUCUCCCAUCACGCCUGCCGAGCUUCAGCCGGCUGCGGAUAUCUUGCCCUAUCGACGUGGCAAACCGCCUACUUAUGGACGCAAGGAUGGAGGAGGUGACAGAGCGGUUAUUGCCAAGUCGGAUCUGUCUUCCCCUCCGUCAGGUCUGCCCGUAUCUAAGGCAACCCCUACGCCCAAAAUGUCGACCUUGCGCUCGGGUGUGACGCCAUUCCAAGGCUAUCGACCAGGAGCUUUAGCCACGCCUGCGCGUCCCGGUCACAUGGCGGGAAUCGCUGGAUCGCCCGCGGACUACACGACCUUUUCCUCGCCGAGCGGUUUGGACUUGACACAAAAGCUGGGUCUUGCACCGGCUCCCACGGUCCCAGAAUCACCUACUUGGCUGGAAAUGGUGCGUGCUACACCAGACGCUCGACAAAAACGUGCGAGGCCCGGCUCGAUGGAUAGCGAUGCUGGAGCGGCGCCUGAUAGCCCUCGUAAGAGGGUCAGGGUUUGAGCUUUGUUUGUUUCACCAGGAAAGAUCACUUCCAGAUAGAUAUGUAUCGAUAUACACAAUGCUUGCCUAUGGACAUUCAGCAAUCUGGGUGGGUGGUGACCACCCUGAUUAUCGGUUGAAG